AUGUCUGAUCAAGACAUCCACCCAAAUAAAUACAGUGAAUUGCGAAGUACCUACAAAUACUACAUUGAUUUGUAUACUGCGUUGUAUCAGCUAAAAACGGAAAAAGAAGAAAAAUUAAACUCAAUUUACAAAAUGAUCAAAACAGAAAUGAUUGAUUCAAAGAAACAUCCUCCUAGAAAUAUUCUAAGGGAUAUUUUGAAUAUAAUCCCGUUUAAUAAUCGCUAUACAAAGUCAUAUUUAUAUCUUGCCAAACGUGUAUAUGAUGAUUAUCCUAUGAAACAAGUAAACAAUAUCCAUGACGUUUCAAAUUUCAUAUUUUAUAAAGAAUAUGGAAUUGAAUUAUAUGAAAUCAGAAUAUUAAAUUAUGGAAAUAUCGAUAUUCAUACAGAAAAUACAAUUUAUAAAGCAUUUAUGGAUAAUGACUUAAAAAGAUUCAUCUAUUUCACGGGAAGAGACGACUUUGAUAAAAAUCAAAAACUUGAAAGUGAUUUAUAUCCAUUUUCUAAAGAAUUAUCAUUGCUUGAAUUAUGUUGUUACUAUGGAGCAGUUGAUUGUUUCAAGUUAUUAAGAACGAAAUUUAACUCAGAAAUAACUUCUCAAUGUCUAGAAUUUUCGUUUUUAGGAGGAAAUCCAGAGAUCAUGAAUGAAUGCUUGAAAUAUCAAAAACCAAAUUUAGAAUGCAUGAUGUAUGCAAUUAUUUCACACAACAUUGAUUUUGUUACAUUCUUGAUGAAUGAGUACAAUUUCGAGCUCAGUAUAUUUAGAAAUAUUUUCGGAGAAUAUAAUAAUCUUGAAUCAUUUUUAGUUUAUUUCGAUCAAACUAAUGAUAUUGACGAAUGCUUUUUAUAUUCAACUGAGUUUAAUAUUUCAUCUCUUUGCGAAUAUUUCCUUUCACUUGGUGCAAAUGUCAAUGAAAAGGAAUAUAGCUAUGGAAAAACUGCUCUUCAUUUUGCAGCAAGUGAAAAUAGUAACGAAGCAGCUGAAAUUCUUAUUUCACACGGUGCAAAUAUCAAUGAAAAAGAUAAAGAUGGAGAAACUGCUCUUCAUUAUGCUGCACAAAAUAAUAGUGAAGAAACAGCCAAAGUUCUUAUUUCACAUGGUGCAAACAUCAAUGAAGAAAAUUAUAAUGAUGAUUCUGUUCUUAGAAAGGCAGAAUUGUUUAAUUGUAAAGAAACAAUCGAACUUCUUAUUUCACACGGUGCCAAAAGAUAA